AGGGGGAUCGCCGAACCAACGCUGUCUUCUUUCCCAGCUUUGCUUGUCAGGCCCUUGGGAAAGGAGCACACCGUGUCCCGGCUGCUGCGGGUUAUGCAGUGCCUGUCGCGCAUCGAAGAAGGGGAAAAUUUAGACUGUUCCUUUGAUAUGGAGGCUGAGCUCACACCCCUGGAAUCAGCUAUCAAUGUGCUGGAGAUGAUUAAAACGGAAUUUACACUGACAGAGGCAGUGGUGGAAUCCAGUAGAAAACUGGUCAAGGAGGCUGCUGUCAUUAUUUGUAUUAAAAAUAAAGAAUUUGAAAAGGCUUCAAAAAUUUUGAAAAAACAUAUGUCCAAGGACCCCACAACUCAGAAACUGAGAAAUGAUCUCCUGAACAUCAUCCGUGAAAAGAACUUGGCCCACCCUGUUAUCCAGAACUUUUCCUAUGAGACCUUCCAACAGAAGAUGCUGCGCUUCCUGGAGAGUCACCUGGAUGAUGCAGAACCCUACCUCCUCACGAUGGCCAAAAAGGCUUUGAAAUCUGAGUCUUCUGCCUCAGCUACAGUGAAGGAAGAUAAACAGCCAGCACCAGAGCCUGUGGAAAAGCCACCCAGAGAACCUCCGAGGCAGCUACGGAAUACUCCAACCACCUUUGGAAUUAUGACUCUGAAAGCAGCUUUCAAGACUCUGUGCGGUUCACAAGAUUCUGAGGCGAUCUUCUCAAAACUGGACCAGAAAGAUCUGGUACUUCCUACUAAAGCAUCCCUGUCAUCGCCGGCCCUCAAAAACAAGAGACCGAGAAAGGAUGAAAACGAAGGUUCAGCUCCUGCUGAGGGAGAGAGUGGCUCUGAACUGCAGCCCAAGAACAAGCGUAUGACAAUUAGCAGAUUGGUUUUGGAGGAGGACAGUCAGAGUACCGAGCUGAGCCCCAGCCUCAACUCCUCUCAGGAAAUCAUUCCAGCGUCACCAUCCACGCCUGCCGUUCUCAACCAACCCCUUCCCAGGGAGAAGAAUCCCAAAUUACCCAAAGGCAAGUGGAACAGUUCUAAUGGGGUUGAAGAAAAAGAGACUUGGGUGGAAGAGGACGAACUGUUUGAUGUUCAGGCUGCACCAGAUGAAGAGAGUUCAAGCAGUGUAACAAAAAAGCAGAAGUGGACUGUAGAGGAGAGCGAGUGGAUCAAGGCUGGAGUGCAGAAAUUCGGGGAAGGAAACUGGGCUGCCAUUUCUAAAAAUUACCCAUUUAUUAACCGAACAGCUGUGAUGAUUAAGGAUCGCUGGCGGACCAUGAAAAGACUUGGCAUGAACUGAAACAGCUUUCAUUUCCACAGAAUUCACAGGAGCAUGGUUCCUAAUAAUAGCCCCGAUAGUCUGCUUUCUUUCAGAAGUUGGGCUGGGAUGAAAAUUUUGGGCAUCCUCCUCUGACGUGGGGGAGGUCCCAGUUCCACUUCAUCGCUGUUGGAGAUCAUGGAGCUGCAAGCCAAGUAUAUCCCAUGUUCUUGGCAGAGAUGACAGGCAGACAGCUUGUACAGUGCCAGAAUAUCGUGUUUCCCUUCUUCAGUGGUUUGCUUGAAUUCCA